AUUAGUUGUCAUUAGAGUUGUCAUGUAUUUUGACGCGUUUAUUCAAAGUCAAUGAUGCAGUCAAAAAGUCGCCCUCCGACCAAAACUUCCAAUGAAAAACCAAAAACCGCCAUAAAGAUGCAGAAUAAAAAGGAUUGCUCCUACUUGCUUAUGGGCAGUGAUCCAACAAGGAUUUUGCAAAAAAUAUCAGCUAUCUCGAGUUAUGACGCAAACAAUAAGGGCAAACUGGAAAGGCUAGUAAAAAUAAUCAACGAGUACUUUAUUAUUUCGAGUAAAGGUUUUUUCGUAAAACACCUUUCUAAAAUAAUGUCUCUCUUGGGAAUAUUACUUGAAAUAAAUACAAAACAGGCAUGUGAAGAACAAUUGAACAGAUUCCUCGAACUUUGUUCAAUACCGCCUAUAAUGACGAAAUCUGGCGAAGUAUUAGAGUACGAUAAAAUGUUGAAAGAUUAUUUUUCCUGGAUGGGUUUCGCGAUAAUCUGUCUAGAGGAGAAAAAAUACCGAAAGAAAAUGACCGACGCAAUUUACUCAUUGCUGACUAAACAAUGUCCCGAUAAAAGGGAGUAUUUGUCACUAACAGUCAGAAUAGAAAAAGCUAGUAAGAGUUAUUUACCCUAUGUACUUGCUGAUUUACUAAAAGCCGAAGAAGAAGAUAUUUAUCUGGAAAUCUUGCAAAUUGUUGCCAUAUUUAUUAAAGAAUCAACAAAAACAUGUGAAAUAUUUCUAAUGAAAGAUGCGGUUAAUACGAUUAUAACAAGGUUGGAACCAAAUUGGCGAAAUAGGUUGCCAAACGUUAAACCGAAGAUGCCUACGGGACUUGAGGAAGUGCCAAUGGUACAAACCAUCUUUUUAAUAUUGAAGACUUUGCUUGAACGGGCCAAUCGACAAGUUAUGCGUCCACCAAUGAAAUUUGCUUUUUGGAGUCUACAAUGGUCAUUGCGCCUUUUUACAAUCAAAGAAAUCGGCACAAUGGAAAGAAACAACGUCCUUUGUUUGCUUUUACUAAUUUUGGAUAUUUAUCCUAAUGGACUUUCUGGAAAUACGUCAUUUUCUUAUGGUAACUCACAAACCUAUUUAAAUAGCUCUCAAGAACUCAAAGAUACGACUUAUUUACUAUUAUCAAACGAAGAAUACUUCACCUUAAUAUUAUACUCUACCGUCAUUUAUCAUUUCCCAGAUAUUGCAAUGUUAGCAGUAUCGAAAGACGUUACCUUCAGUCAAAACUGGAUAUCUGGAAUUGAAAUAACUACCAGCCCCGAAGAUCAUUGUUUCAUAUCAUUGCUUUUAAUAUGUUUGUUUUAUUUACCAAAUACGAUAGCAGGAGCUAAAGUAAUCGAAGAAUGUCGUGUCAUAAUGGGUCUUUUGAAAAUAAUCGGAAAUAACCAAGCUCUUAAAUGGCGUCCACUGCACCUGUGCUUUUUAGUAAAAUUAGCUUUGAAUAUUUUAUAUAAAAUUGUACCGGCAUCAACUGAAGAGUUUAUCGAAAAUGGUGGACCACUACUAAUUUUACAGUUACUAAACAGAGCCCAAGAAUAUCCUGACAUGUACAAUUACGAUAUCGUCUUGAGAAGUAUCGAAUUAUUGGCCGAGUUAUCGCAUAAGAUUAAAACUAUACGCGAUUCGAUCGCUUAUAAUGGAGGUGCUUUUUGCAUUUUGCAUCUUUGUCAAAAUUGGUUAUCAUCCACAAAAACAUUGAAUGAAGAAUAUCAAGUUUUAUUGGGUAUGGGAAUUAGUCUCUUACAAGAAAUUUGUAGCAUAGUAGAGGUAGGUAACAAAAGAUUUCAAAAUUAUCUGUCUUGCCUAGUUCUUCCCCUAAUUGUGGAAUAUAUGAAACGUUACGUCAAUCCCGACGAAAUAGAACAAUUGCAAAAUCCCAAAUUAAUUAUAAUUUGUGUUAGCUAUGUAUGGACCAAAAUAACUUGCUCGAAAAUUAAUAGCGAGGAAUUUGUUAGUAUGGGUGGAGUAUUUUUGAUGUUGGAUAUAGCACAAGUACGUAUCGUAGGGAUUCAAAUACCUGAUUUUAUCUCAGGAACUAUUAGUUGCCUUCCUGUCAAAUUAGUGGUUCUUGGAGCUCUUAUUGAUCUUUGCGAACAAGUCGAAUGUGUGCCGUAUUUGAUUACAUGGAGAAGAAAUGGACAAGGAAUUGUUCCUUUUUUAAUGGAAACAUUUCGACAAGAAAAUAAGCAACUGGUGGUUAGAACCGAUGAAAAUGGAAUCAUGUCAAGUCAUCUUUAUCCUCUAAUGGGAGAAGUGAACUACUACGAAACUUAUUGUAAGUGCAAAAAUCAUUUCGGAAACGCAGCCAUUGCCGAUUUAUUUGUAAGCUGUAGACCAAAAGUCUAUUGUCUUCUUCAAAUCUUGAAUUACAAGCAAGCCGAAACUGUGGAAAUAGCUAACGAGUUUUAUAAGAUUUAUGGUGAAGAAUUAUCAAUCUUGGACAAGGUUACCUAUGUUUUAGCUGAAAACUUUCUAUCUGUAAAAUUAGGAGAAGUAUGGAAGGAAAUAGAAGCAGACCUAAAAAGAGAAGAUCUAGAGCCAAUUCCUAGUGAUGCGGCCAUUUUGCAAAUAAUGAUCGAGAUAACGGAUAAGUGGGCACAAGAUUUCCAUCGUAUGCAAAAAGAUAUUGUCAGGGGUUACAUGGACAAGCAACGCAAAAAAGAAGAAUCGCUUUAUCGUAAACUGAAAGAGGCGCAUGUGGCCGAAGCCUGGAACGCCUUGACUGAAAUUGAAUACAUUGCCCGUUGUUCGCAAAUAUAUUUUCGGUUAGGCUCAACCGUGCAACGGCAAAAGCAAAUUGAUGAGAGCUUGGAAUAUAAUGAAGAAAAUGGACCGUUACAUAGAACUCUUCAGUCUGGUAUAAAUGUCACGUGUUUGCAUAACCAAGAUGUGACGAUUUCAUCUAAAUUUGACGAAGAUUCCAGAGACAGCGAUCAGCUUGCUCUUGUAUCUCCCAUGGAAUUUGAUUAUCCACUGCAUGUUUCGGUUCCAUUUGAUGAACCUUGCGGAGAAUAUUUAUCAGAAGACGAAAUACCAAAAUUUGAAACCUAAUAUUUUAUGUUUAUGUUAACUAUAUUUUACAUAAUAUGUAUUUACAAAUAAUAAAAUGUCACGGAUUCCGGAUUUACUAAAAUUUAC